CAAAUCUAUAUUUUUUAAAUCAUUAAAUAGGCCUAUUUUCAUCCAACCAUUAGGCUAUCCUGUAUCUCAGCAGCUUAUCAUUAUAGACAGUCCUCCUGUUAGAAAAAAAAAAAAACCUGCCUCAGAGAUCCAAAAGCCCAGUGCACGCACACAUUAUGACGUAAUCCUGUGAAAGAGCACGCGCUCCUCUCAACAAUGUCGACCACCAAAACACAGCAGCCUCCGUCCAGCACAGGCAAAGCGCAACCGAGCAAAUGAACGGAAAAUCCCGGCGCGGUGCGAUCAGGAAGGUUUAGAGGGGAUCAUGGCAGCUCAAGAACCCUCUCCUCCGUCCUCCAUGGAGAACAACAAGCCAGGGUUCCCGAAGAAGAUUCUGGCCAACAAACUUGAAGAUAAACAUUUAUGCAACUGCUGUCAGAACAUUCUGAGGAGACCGUUCCAAGCUCAGUGCGGCCAUCGCUUUUGCUCUUACUGCUUCAACCGGACUGUUGGAUCUGGACCACAGAAAUGUAAUGCCUGCAUCAAAGAGGACAUCUUCGAAGAGCCCACGUCAAUCCUCAAACAAGGCUGCGCGUUUCCCGACAAUGCUGCCAGAAGAGAAGUUGAAAAUCUUCCAGCCGUGUGCUUCAAUGAGGGCUGCUCCUGGAAAGGCAGCAUUAAAGACUAUGAGUUAAGCCACGAGGGGAAGUGUGAGUUCAUGAUUCUGCCCUGUCCCUUGUGCAAGGAGCUUAUUAGAUUUAAUGAACAGGAACGUCACAACGAACGCGAGUGUCCCGAGAGAACACUCAACUGCAAAUACUGUAAAGAACCGUUUCACUUCAAAAACAUCAAGGCCCACGAUGAGAUCUGUCCCAAAUAUCCUAUGAUUUGUGAAGGAUGUGCGAAGAAGAAAAUCCCCAGGGAAAAGUAUGUUGACCACAUCAAGUUCUGCAGCAAAUUCAGGACUCCAUGCAGAUAUCAUGUGGUUGGCUGUGACAUGUUAGUGGAGAAGGAGAAAAUCCACGAGCAUGAGCGCGCCUGUGCCCACGAGCACCUGAACCUGCUGCUGCACUACAUCAUGGGUAUGAAGGUCAGCCUGGAGGGUCUGCAGCCCCAGAGCCUGGAUCUGGCGGGCCACAAAGCACACGAGCUGCACCAGGCGCUGCGGGACCUGGAGACACGGGUCAGUCAGUUAAGUGGAGCUCCCGUGCAGGGGGUCCCGUCCUCGUCAUCUUCCUCCUCUGCCUCUUCAUCCGCCGCUCCGCCUCCGCCUGCUCCCACCGCCACGCUGCCCACCUCCUUCACUCCUCUGCCCAGCUCAGUGGGUGCUGCUCUGGAAUUGCAGCUCCAUAGCGAGAAGACCAAGGUGGCGGACCUGGGCCGGCGCUGUCAGGACCUGGAAGUGAAGGCCGGGACGUUUGAGGACGUUGUGUGUGUGCUGAAUCGAGAGGUGGAGCGCUUCGCCACCACCAUGGAGGCCAGCAACCGACAGCACAGACUCGACCAGGACAAAAUAGAGGCACUCAGCAACAAGGUACGUCAACUGGAGCGUCAGGUUGGUGUUAAAGACCUGACUGUAGCAGAAAUGGAGGGCCGACUGAGAGAAAUGUCUGCAACCACGUUUGACGGCGUCUUCAUCUGGAGGAUUUCAGACUUCACCAAAAAGAGACAAGACGCCAUUGCUGGACGAGCACCUGCCAUGUUUUCACCUGCAUUUUACACAAGUAAGUACGGCUAUAAGAUGUGCCUGCGCAUUUACCUGAACGGGGACGGGACGGGGCGCGGGACGCACCUCUCGCUGUUCUUUGUGGUCAUGAGAGGGAUGAGCGACGCGCUGCUCAAAUGGCCCUUCAACCAGAAGGUGACUCUGAUGCUGUUGGACCAGAGUAACCGAGAGCACAUCAUUGACGCCUUUCGUCCUGACAUCACGUCCUCCUCGUUUCAGCGGCCUGUCAGCGAGAUGAACAUCGCCAGCGGCUGCCCACUCUUCUGCCCCCUCGCCAAGCUGGAGGGCAAGAACUCCUAUAUCCGGGACGACACCAUCUUCAUCAAAGCCAUCGUGGACCUGACCGGCCUCUAGCUGUGUGUGUGUAGGUGUGUGUGUGUGUGUGUGUGUGUAUGUGUGUUUGGACUAGAGUGAACCCGAGCGGCUCACACACAGUGUUGGGUUUAGUUACUUUUGAAAGUAAUGCAUUACAAUAUUGAGUAAAGUUGCUCAGUUACUUUUUAUGGAAAGUAAUGUUUUAUGUUACAUCUGAGUUACUUUUGAAAGUAAUGCGUUACAUUACUUCUGAGUUACUUUAGAAAACAAUGUAUUACGUUACUUUUGAGUUACUUUUGAAAGAGAACUUCUGAGAACUUCCUGAGCCCAGAGAGUUUAAGCUUGUGCACGUGAAGGGGAGUCAGAUUUGUCCUGGGAGUCAGAUUUUGAUACAUCUCGCAUUACAUUUUUAAUAAAGAAACUAAAGUAUUAUUAUUAAUCAUUUUUGAAGUGAUGCAUUACUUUAGUCGUUAAUUUGUAAAGUAAUAUAAUUGCAUAACUUGCAGUACUAGUAAAGCGUUGCUCACACACACUGUAAAAGAUGCAAUAUUGAGUUAAGUUGCUCAGUUACUUUUUAUGGAAAGUAAUGCGUUACGUUACCUCUGAGUUACUUAAGAAAAUAAUGCAUUAUAUUACUUCUGAGGUACUUUUGAAAGUAAUGCGUUACGUUACUUCUAAGUUACUUUUGAAAGUUACUUCUGAGUUACAUUUUCAGUUACUUUUAAAAGUAAUGUGUUACGUUACU